UGUCCGCCUCCGCCGCGCCGCUGCUGUCCAAGCUGCGGGAGCUGCUGGACAAGGCGGCGGGGGCGCUCAAGGGACUGGGGCUGCCCGCCGUACUGGCGCCCUUCCUGGCGGCACUGCUGGCGCCGCUGGGGCUGGAGCUGCGGCUGCUGGCGGUGGGCGCUAGGGAAACGUCGGCUGCUGCUAGUGCUGGCGCUGUUGGUGCUGGAGGAGCAGGAGGUGUCGCGGAUGCUGCUGCUGCGGGGGGCCUCACUGGCGCCGCUGCCGCGGCUCUGUUCGCGUACAUGAAGCCCAGCAGCCUGCCCCAGGCCGCCAAGCUGGUGGCGGCACUGCACAAGCUGCUGGGGCCGCUGGCAAGGAAGCAACACCCGCACCCCCCUCAAGCAGCACAGCAGCAGCAGCAGGGACAACAGUCAGCCGUUCAAGCCCGGCUGGUUCCGGAUCUGCAGCGGGUGCUGGAGGAGUUGCCGCCCAGCCUGCCGUACUUGUGUCUCUGCGUCAAGGCAAUCGGCUACAAGGCCCCACAGCUGUCGCCUUCACCUUCCUUAUCAUCGCAGCAUACUCAGCCCCCGCAGCCCCCCCAGCCCCCCCAGCGUGAUAUGGCCACCGCCUGGGGUCACGUGGCAGAGCAUGCGGUGCGGCUGCCGCAGCCGCAGCUGGCCGCCUGGCUGGCCUUCAUGAUGCUGCCGCCCUCACCCUGCCCGCUGGACCCACGGGUCACUGGCGCACCGCUGCUGCCCUGCCCGGCGCCAGCGGAGGUCCGGCUGACGGUGCUCGAUGCUUGCAUGCCCAAGCUGCAGCCGCCUGCUGCGGCACCUCCCACCGAUACUGCUGC